AUGAUGGAGCCGCGGCCGCGAGCGGAGGUCACUGCGCAUCUGGAGGAGCCUCAGUAUGCCUUCUCCCUGAACCUCUUUGCCGAGGAUUCGCCAGAUGCUGGAGUGUCUGAGCAGGCGCCCUCCGAGGGCAUCUACGACGACGUGGCACCAACUCCUUCCACGCCGGCUUCUCCUGAGCCGCCCGCGCCCGCACCGGCGAAGAAGAUCGAACUGAAGAUCCCCACGCAGGCGCGAGUUCCGACUUUGAUGGCCAAUGCCCACGCGCGGGGGCAGAAAGCACGGCUGAGCAAUGUCCAGUCAGCACCGAUGCUCCCGGCCAUGUUCUCUCCUCACGUCCCGGCGAUGUACGUGAGCCGGUCUACCUCCUGGAGGCCGAGUGCCGAGUUGACCUUGACGAUGUCCUCCUCCUCCCGGAGCUGUUCGACACAGGAGUUUCUGAGCAGCAAGAGCAAGGCGGCCCCCUUGGGCAGCGCCUGGCGCGAGGGCGACGUUGGCUCGGACGGUGAGCCCGUGCGGACGAACCAGGACGACGGGGCCGAGUACAUCCACGGCUGCGUUCCCAACUGGAGCCGGGAACGCACGGUUCGGUCCGUGGCCGCUGUGGAGCACAAGCUGACCUGGACCUACUACCGCAUGCGUGGCCUGCGUGCGGCGGCACCCCAGGUCCCGAAGACCGGUAAGGAGCUGAGCCAGCGCUUCGACUUUUGGACUGACCUGCGGCCGCCAAUGCGGAUCGAAGGCAUGGAGAGGGACCUCGAGGACAGCGGCGGCCAUGCUGACGGCCUCCUCUAUCGAGUUUUCUACACAUGCCCGCUCGACUAUGUCACAGAAAGGAAGUGGGGACGCCGCUCCUCUGAGGGGACUUUUGACAACGUAGCUUGCGGCACCGCCGAGGUUCGCAUUCCCAAGGACCUGGACUUUUGGGGUUCACCUUCUUCAUGCCCUCUAAGUACAAGAUGCAGUCGUGGGUUUGAUGUGCGGAGUUCUGGGUUCUGA